AUGAAUCCAUCUAGCGUAAACCUGUUGGAAUACCUUCGUUCAAAGACCCAAAUCGAUCUGGAUAGUUUUGACAUCACGGUCGUGGAAGAAUUCGGCAAAUGCGUUGACUGCACUUCAAACCAGGUAUUCCUAUAUGUUUCCCUUAUGAGCAGUAUUAAUAUCGAGCAGUAUGAAUACUACACCGAACUUACGAAGCCAGCCAGAAAGGAAAUUCUUGAGAAGGCGCUGGAGCUAGCUUUGAAUCUCCAUGAUCAGUUCCCUGAAGUGACGUUUGAAGAGCUCGCAGUGGAAGUUGCAGCAGUUCUCCUAGGGCAUGAAAUGCUACCAGCCUUUACGGGGUCCCUCCAUGUUAUGGCAAAUCCGAAUCACGCCUAUUCGAAACAGAAAGUCGUUGAGACAGCGAAGAGAAUACAUAGCAUAUUCGCGCUCGUUGAUCCCUUCUUCCCCACUGCACGCAUUGUCAUCAAGGUCGCUGCAACCUGGGAAGGCCUUCAGGGAUGUCGUGAACUACGGGACUACGGUAUCAAAACUCUUGCGACAACAGUAUUCUCGAUGGAGCAGGUUAUUCUAGCUGGAGAAGUUGGUUGUGUAUCUAUCUCGCCGUUCAUUCACGAGCUUAGAAUCCUCCUCGAUCCGAAAUACAGAGAUCCUCAUCCUCUGCUUGACCUAUGUGUACAGGCCGAGGAAUACUAUAAGCGAUUGUCUCUGCCGACCAAGGUAAAAGCCUGUUCCAAUGCCAACCUUGAUGAACUUCUACAGCUAGCAGGGGUGGACGCACUUACGCUGGUACCGGAUGACCUAAAAGCGCUCAAAUCUAGUUAUAGAGACGCAAAGGAAGUGGACGAGUUAUCCCUAUUCAAGGCCGAUCGUCACGAUCAAGGUGAACCCCAGAAUGUGUCGUAUAUCAAUGAUGAACUCAAGUACCGCGGGGACUUUGAGCGGGCACAAGACGGAAGGGCGAGGGGAAAGCUUGCUGAGGCCAUUGACAUUUUUCGUAAUUUUCAAGCAAAGGCAGAGGCUGUCAUCAGGAAUGCCAGAUCGUAA